CUGAACGACCUGGGCAGCGGCUCAGGAACCGUAUCGUCCCUGAUUGACCACGUGGGAGUCUGAGCGUCUUGCAUGCCUACCUAAAUCAGUUCAUCCUCAUUCUCAAUUUCUUUUGACUUAAAUAUGGACGAGCAAAGGUAUGACUAUCACCAUGCUGGGCCCCGAACCAUCCCCGGGCCUCCCGAGCUCGUCAUCGAACCCACCUUUGCAAUCACCCGUUUAUCGUGUGGACCAGCGCCAUUGCGGGGAAAUCGUUCACCGGCCUCACUUCUUUGCCAACUGACCCUCGACUUGCGCCGACUAUGCUUCUGGCGCUACCAAAGCUGGGACCACUUGUUCCAAUAUGGAGGUGCCCAAAGCCCGGGGAGCAGGCAGAUCUGGUCCUCGCCGACGGACAGGCUGUUUGACAUGCCGGGCUCGCAAGGUUCGCUGCGAUGAGACAAAACCAAGCUGUUCAAAUUGCGAUCGUCUACGCCUGCAUUGCGCCUACAAACCGCCCAUCGCCCUCGGUAGCCCGUGGUCGGCCUCGUCGCGACUAGCACACGACCCAAACCCGACUGCAAUUACGCAUCCGGUUUCGCAAUCUGGACCAGCCCCGGCGCUGGGACCCACGGCGGCGGCGGUCGUUGCGGCUGCCUCGCAGCGCUCGCCCGAUAUCAACUUCUUUAAUACCGUGCUCCGUUCUGAUGAGCAACAUCGUACAAUGGCCGCGGGGGCAGCGUCAGUACGACACCUACCUACAGAUCCAGAUUCAUACCCGCCAGAAUUGAGGGGUUCGUUUGAUAUGCUUGGAUUCAUGGGAGGAAUCACGUCCGAGUUGGAACAGAAACAUCUCGACCUGACGAGUGGAUUGGCCGCUUUCACAACUAAUCAACCCCCGCCAUCAUUGGUGACGGACAUCGCAAGGACUACUUCGGAUGAAGGACAGCUCGUUGGUGAACGACGUUCACCACUAAGUCCGGACGGCUCAGCCUCGUUGGCGGAUGGCGUUUCCAUCGGCAGUGCCUCGGACGCUGCGACUACCCGUGGCAGUUGGUCUGAUCCUGGGAGCACCACGUACGAGGAGCAGCUUCUCCAACACUUCUUGGUGAUUGAUCCACCUGCAGCGAUAUUUGGGCCGGUGUCAAUGGAGUGGAAAUACGUUCGGCCCUCGAUGCUCGCUCAUGCACGGGACUAUGGUCCCCUUUUGAAUGCAUUAUACUGCUACUCGGAUAUCCACACAGCUAGGAUGGAGGGGAAACGAUGGCGUUGGGCGCCGACAUACUACCGAGUAGCAAGCUCGGAGAUCCAGACAUGUCUUCUUGGAGAUGUGACUGACACGAUGCUAGUCAAUGUCUUUGCGACAGUGUUCCUUUUGAUGUUAUCUGAGGUUUUCUCGUCACACGAGCUUUGCGCUCCAGGUACAUCGUAUCUCCAUUCAGCCUAUCUUCUACUUCAACGAUUCAGUGACCGCACUCGGGCUUGGACUGGACUAGGUCAUUUAAUGGUUUCCUGGGUCUCACUGCUUGACGUGAAAUCACUUAUUGCAGGCCGGGAGGGUGAUCCUCUGACUGCGCUAGGCCAUAUCUCCGAACACGAACUAGUGGGAAGAAUACCAGAGCAACUCCGAGGCGCCGCCUCGCCUGAGGAACGCAAGGAACACAGCAACGAUGACCCCUUCCGCAGCCCCAGCUAUCUCGUCUACGAGGCAAUAGUUGGUCCCGCAUUUCGCUUCUUCGUAAAAGCACAACAGAUAGUGCGACGAAUCGUCUGCAUCGACCUCCACCACCGCAGUCGGGGCACGCUUAGCGACGAAUUCGAAGUCCUUCAAAUCGCGCACAAAGUGGGAGCAGACCUCGAAACACUCUGGCACCGCCGACCCGCCGUGAUUGACGUAUACGGCAAUCCGGAGGCCUUGACCGAUACACUCUGUGCCUCAGUCGCAGUGGAUGUCUGCCGGACUUUCAGACAAUACAUGGCCACCUUUCUAGCCAACUUCAUCUACCUCCACCGGGUGGCAUUUGCCAUCUACCCUCGAACUGACCGCGUCAAUGGCGCUGUUGACCAAAUUAUCCAAUUAGCCACCGUCGAGUCUGCAGGUGUCAAAUCAGGACAUCUGCCGGUUAGCUUUCUAUGGCCAUUGUUUGUUGCAGGUCUAGAAGGUUCUCCUGAGCAACGGCACUGGAUUGUCCACGAGAUGCAGCGCAUGGCACCCACCCCUGACUCGGAUCCUGCUGCCCGCCUUGCGUGCCAUCCGUCUGCAGAGAAAGUCAUUGUAUUAUUGGAAGAGAUGGCAAGGAGACAGGAUGUGUCGCGUUCAUGGGCCGACUCCAGAUGUGUGCGGCGGGAGUUGUUUACGAAUUUCUAUUUCAUGAUUUGAUGCUCGGGGCAUUAUUAACUUGAAGAUACCUUUUCAUGCGCUCGUGUGGCGUUCUUGUGUUGAGCGAGAUUUUUUGUUAUGGUGGUGGAAUUGAGGUUUAUCAUACACGAGGAAGGGUUCUCUCGUACUAUCCUAUACGAGUAUCUGUAUCCCCUAGUGCCAUGGAUAAGGAUUCGUCCAUCUAUAAUAACGACACUCACACGAUUAUGCGCACGCGGCUUAUGAGCGGCCGACGUACUGUCCACACGGCGAUCACUUGCAGUAAAGAACCGCCUCACAAGAAAUGCAGGACAAUCAAUCGCCUAUCAGACUCUUUCGAGCGAAAAUCCUCGACAUUGACAGCUUUCCAUAUGUCUCAUCUUCAAUAUUUCUCUGACGAGGGCGUCGGUGAACGCAACCGCCAAAAGUUCCUAUACAGUCAAGCUGUUCGGGUUGACGAUAGAAAUGAAUGUGCGGACCCUUUGUGGCGUCAUAUACCGGAUAAUUACUUACAUAGGAAAGACGGACAUGGUGGGCGGAGGCCACUGGAAAGAGCAGCAGCGAAUAGGUUUGAUUUCAACAAAAUUGAGGGUGUCAUUGACAUAUGAGAAUCAUCAUUUACAAAAGUUUCGACGAUCUUUUAUAGACCAUAUAGGUUACCUGAGUACAAUAAGGCAAUAGGCUUCCUAAUCCACAUAUAGCUAAAUCGUAACAAUCAACAAGAUAAUGCUUUCGUAGAUGCAUAGAAUAGACGUGAGGCUCGUUCUGAGCUGAAUAUCAUGGCUAAAACAUUCGUUGUGAACACUUGAAAUGUGCCGGUCAAUAUACCUUAUACAAUAUUCAAAAGCACUUGAUCAUGGUCGAACCUGGCUAGUCCCAGUCAUCACAACCCUCCCAACAUCUAGUAUGUUUGAUGCAGUCCCCCCUGUGCGCAUAAAUAGAUUAGAAGGCCUUUCGCGAUCCGCAAACUCCGCAUCGACCUUAUAUUCGAUCUCAGAACCUUCCGGCUUAAAGCCCAAUUUCGCAUAGACGUGACGUCCCAUCGCAGAUGCCUCGGUGAUGCACUCCGGUAUGCCACGUCGCUUGGCUUCGUCAAGACCCCAUUGCACCAGUGCCGCAGCGAUGCCUUUCCGCUGGUAAGCCGGGUCUACGGCACACAAAUCCAAGAUCAUCACUGCCGGGGUUGACUCGAUAGCCUUUUCCUUGAUCACCUGAUUUCGGCGCCCAUGCAAAGACCCGAUGGCUUGACAGACAUACCGCUGCUCCGGCUCAUUCUCGGGAAAAAGCGCCUCCACGUUCAUGGAUUCCUUCAGGUUCUCCACGGGUGGAUCCCCACGACCAGGUACGGCCGAGGCCUGUACCCAGAUGGCGAAGCCCGCAAUGACACGGUCUGCUUGAUCGGGACUUGGUAACGUGGCCUUGAGAAAUAUGAGAUUUGGAUUGCCUCGGUCGUCUUUUGUCGUUGCACGCCAUCGAGAUACCAUGCGAUUAGCACCGGCUUGUUUACCCUCCAUUGUGUCCCAGCCGGGGUUCAUGGCAAUCCACAAUCCAUCUUGUGCCUGGUGGCCAAAUGCCUUUGAUACGGGAUCAAAGGCACGGUAGACAUCGUCGGGCUGUUCGAUAACUUCGACUCGCAAGCCUAUAUCUUUGCGUGCGUUGGAAGACAUAAUUGCAGAAUGAUCGGGAUUAAUGGACACGUAGCGGGAGUCCUGCUUCUUCCAAUAGUCGGGAGGAGCACGGAAAGCAGUUCAGAAAAAAAGCAGUGAUAGAGGAGAAGCAAUGGAUGGAGAAUAAUGGUUGACAACAAUAGCACCUAUCGAAUUUGAUGUUUAACUUUAUUUAGCCUAAUAUACG